UAACGCUCCCUUGUUCUCAGGCGUGGCCUCCUGGAACGCCACGGCACCUGGCUGCUCCGUCGCGUCUUCUGGUUUUCAAUAAAGUUUUCCUCCCUGUACGGAGCUCAAGAUGGCGGCCUCCUGGUCGCCCUUGGUUACCCUGCGCUCCGCGGCGCGCAGCCGGCUGACUGGGAGAGGUGUUGGGUGCGGGGCCCGGGCCGUCGCAAUCGGUUCUCUGGCCCCUGGCCCUGGGAAACCCCUUUGGAAAGCUUACACAGCCCAGACAUCUGAGGGUGUACGCCCGACAGCCGCUUCCGAGGCCCAUUCAAAAGCUCUGGCCGUUUGCCACGGACUUUUGGACCACUAUGAGUUUCUGAUCAAAGCUCAGGAGCUGAGGGAUGAUGAGCAUCAAAGAAGAGUCAUCCAGAGCCUGCAGAAGUUACAGGAGGACCUUAAAGGAUACAGCAUAGAGGAAGAAGGGCUCUUUUCAAAGCUUUUUUCAAGGAACAAACCUCCAAAGGGCCUGUAUGUUUAUGGAGAUGUCGGUACAGGGAAAACAAUGCUGAUGGACAUGUUUUAUAAAUAUGUGGAAACGGAGAGGAAGAAACGCGUCCACUUUCACGGCUUCAUGCUCGAUGUGCACAGAAGGAUACAUCGCCUUAAACUGAGUUUGCCAAAAAGGAAGGCAGGAUUCAUGGCAAAGUCGUAUGACCCGAUAGCACCCAUCGCUGAAGAAAUCAGCCAGGAAGCUUGUCUCCUAUGUUUUGAUGAAUUUCAGGUCACUGACAUUGCUGACGCUAUGAUUCUGAAGCAGCUUUUUGAAAAUCUGUUCAAAAACGGGGUCGUCGUUGUGGCAACGUCCAACAGGCCCCCGGAAGAUCUCUAUAAAAAUGGACUCCAGAGGGCUAACUUUGUACCAUUUAUAUCUGUCCUGAAGGAGUACUGCAAUACGGUCCAGCUGGAUUCUGGGAUAGAUUAUCGGAAAAGGGAACUCACUCCUGCAGGAAAACUCUACUACCUCACAAGUGAAGCUGAUGCGGAGGCUGUCAUGGAUAAGUUGUUUGAUGAGCUGGCUCAGAAACAAAAUGAUUUAACUAGACCAAGGAUUCUAAAAGUGCAAGGCAGAGAGCUGCGGCUGAAUAAAGCCUGUGGAACCAUUGCCGACUGCACAUUUGAAGAGCUGUGUGAGAGGCCACUUGGAGCAAGCGACUAUUUGGAAUUAUCAAAGAAUUUUGAUACAGUAUUUGUACGAAACAUUCCACAAUUUUCGCUGGCAAAGCGGACCCAGGCACGAAGAUUCAUAACUCUCAUUGACAACUUCUAUGACUUCAAGGUACGCAUCAUUUGCUGUGCGUCGGCUCCAAUCUCAAGCUUAUUUUUCCAUCAGCAUCAUGAAAGUGAACUAGAGCAAAACAGAAUAUUGAUGGACGAUUUGGGGCUGAGCCAGGACUCAGCAGGGCUCUCCAUGUUUACGGGAGAGGAGGAAAUCUUCGCGUUUCAGCGCACGAUUUCCCGGCUCACGGAGAUGCAGACGGAACAGUACUGGAUUGAAGGGGACAGAAGCCAGAAGGAAUUGUCACAGUCACAUGAAUAAAAAAAGGCAGGGAGACAGCACUGUGAGAUUGGCAGCAGCAGCUCCUCAUCAUCAAUUACGCACUUUGUCCUUCUAUGCACUUUGCCUGUUUAUUUGGACUCAUUUCUGCAUCAUAAAGUGGAAUCAUUACUCCUGAAGAUUACUGCAAAACCUGACGUGUCGGCUCCUGACUGAGCCUUGAACAUAAACACAGUGAACGCAGGGUGCCUGAGCAUCUCUGGGCUCGGCUGCACAGAGUCAUGCCUUAGAAAUAUAUUUGCUAUAAGAAGCAGGUGGAAUCCCACAUUUCAGUUUAAAACAAAGGAAGCUUUCUGGGCAUUUAAACUGAAGGGGAAAGCAUUUUACGUUGGCCUCCUCAUUUCUGUUUGUUGGUUGUGAACUGCAAUAAUCUCCAGGCCCUGAGGUUUCCUCAGUUCUGGGGAACCUGUGUCUAACCCAUAGACACAGCUCAGCAGGCAGCACCCGAUCCCAUGAGGACACGGAUUACAAAACCAUCAGACAAGGAGCAAGUGUGAAAUUCCAGCUCACAGCUAGGUCUCCCUCUGAGAGCCAAGGAAGGCAGGUACCAGGUGCUGGCGGCUGCAGAGCAGCAGCCACACACCAGCAGGAGUGUGGGCUACCCUCAUCACCUGGCGCCCUUACUCUGCUCACCCCCACCCCUCACUGCAGUCACUCACACCUUUGAUGCUGAGCCGGGAACUUGGACCUCAUAGGAAACACGAAGGACACAUGACAAGUCUGCAAAUAAAAGCCAAUU